AUGUCCCGUCGUUUAUUGUCUGUUUGCGUCAUCUUCGCUAUUUUUAUCGGGGCCAUGUCUUAUCCUUUGUCUUCAACUCCCUACAACGCAUCUUUCGGAGGGUUAGAACAACGAGACAACCGAGCAUACCCCGGUCGUUACAGAAACCUCCCGAUUAAAUUAAUGCGGAAAACAAAAGAAGGGGUAUUGAUAACAAAGCCGGAUACCAAAGUAACAGCGGAUGAACAAUGGAUACUCUUCAUUGGGCCAGACGGAUUCCACGCCCACCCAGGGUCUGGUAAAAGUUUAAUAGCUGAGCACGUACCAGCGCCUCGGACAGCGCUAGGCUAUAUGCCGACAAUGCAAGACCUUGGUGAGAAGGCUACGUUCCCAACAGCAGAAGAAAGAGACGAAGUCUUUAAGAAGCUGCUCACUGACGUCCCGGCGUUGCAUGGAGGUGCUGGGGUCUCACAGACGGAUCUGAGUUAUCUGAAUGGAAUAUUUGCGUAUUUAGCAUCAGUGAAGGCGGUUUCGAGUUCCAGACCGCCUGAGGAAUGGAUGAAGUUGUAUAACGAGAUGCAUGCUGUAAAAGGAUAUGCAUAG